UUCAGUAGUAGUAGCAGCGCCAUGGUCAGAGGAAUCAGUUGUGGUAGCAGCACCAUGGUCAGAGGAAUCAGUUGUGGUAGCAGCACCAUGGUCAGAGGAAUCAGUUGUGGUAGCAGCGCCAUGGUCAGAGGAAUCGGUUGUGGUAGCAAAAACAAUAGUUUGAGUUGA